GUCCCUUUUUGAAUCAGUAUCCAACCAACACAUUAGGAUCUUAUCUGACAAUACUACCACAGUGUCCUAUAUUAAUGCUAUGGGAGGUUGUAAGAGUAAGGAAUGCACUCAGAUUGCUAAGGACAUUUGGUUAUGGGCCAUCAGUCGGCACCUCUGGCUCUCAGUGGCUCAUCAGCCGGGGCAGCUGAAUGCCAUUGCAGACUUACUGUCGCGCCAUUUUGAGGAUGGGAUAGAAUGGGAUAGAUGGGAUAGAAUGUAUGGGUUCCCUGAGAUUGAUCUGUUUGCCAGUCGAAUCAACCAUCAAACGAAUACCUAUGUUUCUUGGAAACAAGAUCCCUGUGCAACCUAUGUAGAUGCUUUCACUGUGAAUUGGUCCCAGUUCACUAACAGUUAUAUGUUUCCACCAUUCUGUUUAAUCAGUAGAUGUCUCCAAAAAAUAUAUUUGGAACAAGCAACAGUGACCAUCAUAGUACCUCUGUGGACCACACAAGCUUGGUUUACAAGGCUUCUAAGUCUCCUGAUCCAUCGGCCCAGAAUGUUCCUUGUCACUCAUGGCAUGCAAGGUAUCAGGCAACAGUUCAUUGAAUGCAGCAUUUCUGAGGACAUUACCAAUGUCCUCAUGUCCUCAUGGAGGCCAAGUACACAGAAGCAAUAUGAUGUUCACAUCAGGAGGUGGGGUGAAUUUUGUCUACAGAGGAAAGUUGAUUCAUUGCGCCCAAAUAUCAAUGACGUGUUAGAGUUUCUGCACAGUUUGCACAUCAAAGAGCUAUCCUAUUCCACAAUUAAUACAGCACGUUCGGCUUUGUCAAACUAUUUAAUGGGAUUUGAAUUUCCUGGUACUCACUACACAAUUACUGAUCACCCCUUUGUUGUACGCUAUUUGAAGGGAGUGUUUAAUUUUGUCAAACCUACUCCUCGUUAUCAGGAGACUUGGGAUGUCAACCCAGUACUGAAAUACAUAGAGCUAUUGUCGCCGUUGGAGAAACUUUCAUUAAAGGAACUAACAUUCAAAUUAGUUAUUUUGCGAGCACUCACAUCUGGACAAAGAUGUCAGACAUUAUCAUUUCUCGAUAUUGAUUUCUGCAUCGUUUAUUGUUAAGAAGUACAUCAAACAGGAACUCUGUGUUUAUUCCACUCUUCGACACUAUCUUGAAGUGACAAAGAGUGUACGUAAUGAAGGCAAUUCACGACUGCUCAUAUCCUACGUGAAGCCUUAUCGACCGGUUAGUACUAGUACUAUAGGUCGAUGGAUUAAAACUGUCCUCCAAGCAAGUGGUGUUGAUACAACAAAGUU